GCGCUCUGCCAGCCCGCCGCCAGCCCCAGCUCACCUCUUAUCCAGGGACAUGCCGGGCACGCCUGGCGCCGCUGUCACCCGGGAUGGCGAGCCCCCCGAGCGCUCCCCGCCCUGCAUGCCGAGCUACGAUCUCACGGGCAAGGUGAUGCUUUUGGGAGACUCAGGCGUCGGCAAAACCUGUUUCCUGAUCCAAUUCAAAGACGGGGCCUUCUUGUCCGGGACCUUCAUAGCCACCGUCGGCAUAGACUUCAGGAACAAGGUGGUGACCGUGGAUGGUGUGAGGGUGAAGCUGCAGAUCUGGGACACCGCGGGGCAGGAGCGCUUCCGCAGCGUGACCCAUGCCUAUUACCGAGAUGCCCAGGCCCUCCUCCUGCUAUAUGACAUCACCAACCAAUCGUCCUUUGACAACAUCCGGGCCUGGCUCACCGAGAUUCACGAGUACGCACAGAGGGAUGUGGUGAUCAUGUUGCUAGGCAACAAGGCAGAUGUGAGCAGCGAAAGGGUGAUCCGUUCGGAAGAUGGGGAGACGCUGGCCAGGGAGUACGGAGUUCCCUUCAUGGAGACCAGUGCCAAGACAGGCAUGAAUGUGGAGCUAGCCUUUCUGGCCAUUGCCAAGGAGCUGAGGUACCGGGCCAGGAGGCAGGCUGACGAGCCCAGCUUCCAGAUCCGAGACUAUGUGGAGUCCCAGAAGAAACGGUCUAGCUGCUGCUCCUUCAUGUGAUGGCCAAGGGGUCGGGCGGGGGCCCCUGAGGCCCAGAGGAGACAGC